CACGACUGGAGGGGAUCCGGCAAGCCUCCUCGUCUUUGAGUUCAGCUUCCAGUCCAUGAAGAGCUCGCGGCGCUUUACUAGCGCCAAAAUCAUCCUGAAAUUCGAUGACGCCAGCAACAACGUCAAGAACCGGCCCCAUGUCUACGCCAUUGCACCGGCGGGCACAUUUGCCAUAAACAAAACUACCGCUAAGCGGGAUGUGCACCAGGCUGUAAACGCCAGCCUCAAGGGAGAGUUCGCGGGGGUGGGCGGCGAGCUCGGCUAUGUCUGGGACACAACGAAAGUCAAGGAGGUGACGCACGCCACGUCCCUGGUCGGGGUGAAGCGCAUCUUUUCCGAUUUUGGCAAGGACAAUGGGGUCAUUUGGAACAUGGAGGAGGAUGCGGGAAAGGGCAUCCCGAGCUUCCUUCGAACGGCGGUGCUGCUGCGCCAUCGAGACGACGUGCCCUUCCGCUUCACCAUCGACGUCGAGACUGGUGUGGACUGGGAAGGCAAACUCCGGCGCUUGCUCGGGCUCGAGAAGCCAGACCCGGUCGACCCGGUAGAGCUGGACGACGGUACGGAUCUGGAGGAGCUGGGGAUUGCUAGCCUCGACCCCAAGACGGGGGAGGACUUGACCAACAUGCGGAACAUGGACAUUGGGAAGCAGGCCGAUGUCGUUCUGGCUACCUUGCUGGAGGUUCCCGCCUGAGCCGAGCGCGGCAUUUUGAGGAAAUCGCGCGUGCGAUAUUGGUUUGGGGGCCACCAUCCCAUCCAUGUCCACGACGUCGCAUUGCAUUUAGUAAUGGCCGAGGUGGCUGCUGGGGGUCCAAUCGGUCUUGACCGG